AUGGACAAGUAUGACAAGCUGAGCGAGGCGGGCAAGGGCCAGUAUGGUGUGGUGUAUCGGGCGCGGCGCAAGGAGGACGGCAAGACGGUGGCUAUCAAGCGGAUCAAUCAGGGAGACGCGCGGGAAGGAGUCAACUUUUCGGCGGUACGCGAGAUCCGACUGCUGCAGGAGUUGCGGCAUCCGCAUGUGGUUUCGCUGCAGGAGGUGUUUGUGCAUCGCGGCGGAAUUCAUCUGGUGAUGGACUUUUGCGAGACCGAUCUGGAGGCGAUUGUGCGCGACCCGUCGCUCCGACUCGGCACGCCGGAGAUCAAGGCGUACAUGAAGAUGACACUCGAGGGCUUGGCGGCAAUGCAUGACACCUGGGUCCUCCACCGCGAUCUCAAGCCCGAGAACCUGCUGGUCUCGGCGACCGAGGGCGUCAAGAUUGCGGAUUUCGGUAUGGCGCGGAUGUACGGCUCGCCGAACCGGCGGAUGACGCACCAGGUGGCGACGCGGUGGUGGCGGGCACCCGAGCUGCUGUUUGGUGCGCGGGCGUACGGCGCAGGUGUCGACAUGUGGGCCAUGGGUUGCAUCUUUGCCGAGCUCUACAUGCGCGCGCCGCUGUUCCAGGGCGAGACCGACCUUGACCAGCUCUCGUGCAUCUUUGCGAUCCUGGGCACGGUCAACAACGCGGUCUGGCCCGGUGUCUCGGAGCUGCCGGACUUUGUCGAGUUUGAGCCGAGCAACGGCAUCGCUCUCGGCAAGGUUGUGGCCUCGGCGCCCGCGGACGCCGUCGAUCUUAUGGUGGCCAUGCUCGCCUACAACCCGGCGUCGCGGAUUUCUGCCACUGAGGCACUCCAGCACCCGUACUUUACCAACUCUCCGCCGCCGCUGCCUAUCAGCGAGCUGCCGCUGCCCGAGUCGGCCCGCACCCGAGCUCGCGAGGCCGCUCUUGGUUUUGACUCGGACGACGAGGCCUCGGGCGCCAUCGGCAUGGACACCAGCGCCGCAUCGAGCAGCACCAAUGGCAAGCGCGCUGUCGCCUCGCCCGUGGUCAUGGCCGAGUCUCCGGCCAAGCGUGCCAAAGGUCUUGCAGGCGGCGCGAUCGAAGGCGGCGAUGAUGGUGAGGACGCUGGGCCUGUCAAGAAGCUGAUGUUCUGA